AUGUCUUGCCUUACUGGCUCGGCAGCCCAGCAGCAGUUCGCCUCGGUGCCGGACCUGGAGGCAGCCAUGUACACCGAAGCUGCGAACUGGCCGUGUGUGCGGCUGCUGUCGAUUGAAGGGCCUAUUGGGUGUGGAAACCCUGGCAGGGAGAUUGUGUCAGGUCCGAUUCAGGCCAUCUCCUCACCCUCCGAGCUUUCUCUCCUCCAAUCGCCUCGAGCACUCGUGGUGUCGCCAGCAGUGCUGCACCGCGUGCUCUCACUGAUAUCCAAAGAUCCUGUCAUUGCCAGACACGUGGCAGGCAUCAUGGUGGAGUCUGCCAAUCAAACAUCUGUUCCCGCCCUCUCCCCCGCCUCCCCCUUCCCCCAGUCCCCCUUUGCCACCUACCCCAACACCUCCUACGCCUGGAACCCCCUCGGUUCAUCCCUCGAUCGUGUUUCCUUUCCGCUCCCGGUCUCCCUCCUCUCCGAUCAAGCCACAGCCGAUAUACGUCUUAAAGCAGAGGUCAACAGUCGACGGGACUUUCGCUAUCCGCUUUACAUGGCUGAAUUCGAUGCCAUCAUGACUGCCACGCGCAUAGGAGCAACCACAUCGCAGGCAUGUCUCGACAACCUUUCCUGCCUCCCCCUUGGAGGCCACAGCGUGAUGGCGUCUUUACCUCCCAUCGACGUGUCAAGCAAGGAACCUUCCAGGAAGCCGCUGGUGAUCGCCAUGGCUCAGAUGGAUGCUUCCUCGCUGUUUCGUGACGCUGCUGUUGGGGCCGAGUCCCCUAUUUCCGGUCUUAUCUGUUUGCUAGCAGCAGCAGACGCCAUUGCAUCUCUCCUUCGAAAGCCCUCUGCUCCAGACCUUCCCAAGCAGCUCGUCUUCCUUGCUCUAAACGGCGAGCAAUGGGGCUACCUGGGGUCGCGGCGUCUCUUGUUUGAGUUGGAAAAGUGGUCCAAGGGGGAAGAAGGAGUAGGGAGAGAUGUGCUGCAAGGGCUUUCUUUUGAAGACUUUACACAGGCACAGAUGCUGGAAGUCGGGUCGGUGGGAAUGGCAGGAGCAGGAGGGAAUGGGACUCAGGAGGAUGUGACAUUGUUCAUGCAUUAUGAGAAGCCCAUGCCCACAGGAGCAGCAGCCAUGGCAAAGGCAGUGAGAGAAGCAGCAGCAUCCAUCCAACGGAAUCCCCAAGUGGAAGGAGAAGGAGAAACUGCAUCAGCAGCGGAAGCAGAGGAGGGGCAGGAGAGUGCUGGUGUGCGUGUGGAGGAAGCAAGCGAGGAGACUCCAGGUUUUCCGCCCUCCUCCUUGCUCGCUAUGUCAGCUGAGCAUGCAGGCCUCUCUGCUCUUCAUCUCUCCGACUUCAACCAACACAUCUCCAACCCCUACCUAAACAGCCACCUUGACACCCUCCCCUCCGUCCACCUUCUCUCCCUCACUCUCUCCUCCACCCUCCUCGCCCGCUCCCUCCUCCUCCUCUCCGGAGCCCCUCCCUCACUCGCCCUCCGAGCAUCAGUUAACGCCUCCCUCAUAUCCAACCUCGUUCUCUGCCUCCUCUCCCCCUCACCAGGCCUCCUCUGCCCUCUCGCCUCUUCCCUCCUCACUCCACGCGACCCUGCCCCUAGUCACUAUGCUGGGGUCUUUUUAGGGGUGCCUCCGUCCAUCUCUCCCUCCUCCUCCUCCCCUCCCUCGUCCGCCGCCUCCUCUCCUCCUCUCGAUACCCUUGCUGAUACUCCCCGGUUUGUUUGGAAUUUCCUGGCUAAGACAACAGCGGUAAAGCCAAGAGGAAGGGAGGAGGGAGGGGAGGAAGUGGAGGAGAGAGGGAAGGAAGGGGAGGGGAGGGAGGGGAGGGAGAUGAGGGAGGAGGGUGUAGCAGGAGGAGGGGGGAAGGGAGGAAUGGGGAAGGAGUGUGUGGAGAAUGGGGAGUGUGGGGCAGCAGGGGAGGUGUGUGUGGGAGUGCUGGCAACUGCCAAAGGGGAGUGCCUCCUUUCUUCCACAACGUACAUUCCGGCUCUUUCCCCUCGCCUAGUCUUCAACAACACGCAUUGGAGCAUCGUCCCUCCCCGGCCGGGCAGCCAUGGGGAUCUGGUGGAUCCUGUGUGGACCGAGAGCUUUUGGCAGCACCUGAAGCUGAGGAGUUACCUGGUGGAUGAUCCGAUAUGGGAUGCUUCGAUAUUGUUUGGAGGAGUGGUGUGGGUGGUGGUGUUGUGCGUGCUCGUCACCUGGGCUGAUAAAGCUGUUACGCAGAAGCUGAAGCGGGUAUAG